AUGUCACCGCAGGCGGAGCAGCUGGCCCGGGAGCUCACCUGGUGCGUGGAGCAGCUGGAGCUGGGCCUCAAGAUGCAGAGACCCAGCCCCAAACAGAAAGAGCAGGCCCUCGGGGCCAUCCGGACCCUGUGCAGCGGGAAAACGCCCCUUCCCCGGAAGAGGCAGCUGAUGCGAUCCUUGUUUGGGGACUACAGGGCUCGAAUGGAAGCCGAGCGGCAGGAGGCCCUGCGGGCUCUCAGGGCUGCAGCCCACUCAGCCCGAGUGCAGCCUGUAGAUGAGGCCACAAGAAAGAAGAGCAGAAGAGUCUGCAGGGUUCGCCUGGGAGGGGGAACCAGGGCCCCCCUGGACACUCCAGAUGGAGAGUUUAGGUUCAACUUCUUCUAACCUCUCCCCACCCUGGAACAGCCCUGUUUCUGGGUGCUGUGGUUUGUCUUGCUUGUAGGCCUUUCUGGGAGUGCUGCGGGCUUGGUCUUUGUCUGGUUCGACAGUGUGUAACUAAUGAGGACAAAGUACAUGACCAGGUGAUGUAAGCGUGUGAAGUGAGAGAGCACAAUUGUUUUUAUGGCAGCUCUUUUGAGGCCUAGGAAAAAACACUUCCUUUUUUUUUUUUUUUUAAAGAUCUUAUUUCUACACACAAGAGCUGGGGUGUA